CCUUACAGAGCAUGCGCAGUGUGCGCGUCUCGUUUAAAUGCCCAGGGUAAUACUUGAAGAAGACGGCGCGGUUUUUGAACGCACAGAAAGGGCAAUGAUGAACGACACGCGGGAGCCGCGGCUUGUGGAAGAUUUACUUAUAGAAGAAGAAAUCCUCCUCGAGGAAAUGGCAGAGGAAGAUGAAGAUAUCGACUUGUACAAUGAGGAAACCUUUGGAUUAGAUGUUGACUCUGCAGAUGAAGGGCAGGAGGAGAAGGAAGAGCAGUACUUCAGUAAUGACUUUGUAAAACGGGCAUCCGAAAUGUCUGUGUCAGAAACUGAUAAACAAGAACAUCCAGCAGCUGAUGUCCAGGUGAUGGCAGCAGGGACUAGAAGUAAAACAUGCCCCACAGUAAAAGUGCAGGAACCUGAUGAUGAAGCAUUACCUGAGACGAGGGUAGAGUCGCAAGAUGAAGAGGAGGAAGAACGAGAGCAAAGUCCAUCCGAGAUAGCAGCCGAAGAGCUGGGAGAUCCAGCCGUUAUGAAAGCGGGUCCUGGCAAACCAUCGCUGGAGAGUCUUGAUAGUGCUAUCCUAGACCGAGGAAUGGAAUCUCCAUGGCUACCAAUGGAUGCAGAGCUGGACCAGGUAAUAGCCCAGAUGGUAGAGGGAUCUCCAGCUGGCCUUGAGUUUAUAUCUAAGGAUUACAGAGGUUCGGGAUCUCUGCAGCAUCCUGAUAUUCGUCUCUCUUCUCCCAGACCCUUUAACCGGAAGCUAAUUCAGCAGUUUCAGAGGUCUCCCAUGGUUCCUCGUUCUCCUGCCUAUCUGCCUCGUUCAUUCACAUCACCUGCAAGAGCAACACCUUUGUUCAGCCCAUCACAGCCAAGAGGGUACAUGUCCCCAACUCCUUUCAGACCCAUGUCUCCUAAUGUUAGUACACCCAUUCGCCGUCCAGCGACCCCAAAGAUGAUGCAGAUGCGGUUUGGUGCUGCUUCUCCAGCACCAAGGACCCCGUCAUUCUACAGCCCAUCUACCAACACGCUCCCAAGAUUCAGAGUGCCUGGUCAUGUGACACAGCUCCAUCCUCAACACCGAAGAAUAUUGUACCAGCGUCAGCAGCGUGCCCAGAGUGCACCACGUAAAAUGCGUGACAUUCAGUUUGAUCCUUACGUCAAUCUGAUGACUCCGAAAGAGAAGGAGUGGGUGAUCAAAGUGCAGAUGAUCCAGCUGCAGAGUGAGAAUCCUCACUUGGACGAUUACUACUACCAGGCCUACUAUGAGAAGCUGGAGCGCAAAAUAGCAGAGGAGGAGAUGCUGGGAGACCGUCUGAAGAGAGAGCCAAAGAAACUCGUUACUCCUUACGUACAGAAAGCGGAUGCAUACGAGUCUGUUGUUCACAUAGAGGGCUCCUUGGGGCAGGUUGCAGUGUCGACGUGUUACAGCCCUCGCAGAGCGAUCGACGCUGUACAUGCUGCACUAGAUGAGGAUGUAAAGACGUUGGGUUACCAGAAACUGCGAGUCCUUUGCAGGACAGAGAAAAUGUUUAUGAUGUUACUGGAUGUGGAGGAAGUGGAGAGGAAAAUGUCCCACCUUCCUGGAGAGGAGCAGGCCAGGUUUUUGGAGAAACGAAACAACAAGGUGCAUCGAAUAUACUCCAUGCUGAAGGCGGCAGAAUGCAGCAAGGGGGAUGAAAUGGAAGAUGAAUUCCUACAGGUUCUCUCUGUUGGUAAAGGGAAGAAGCUAGUUUCCAGAUUGUUGCCCUAUCUGAACCACGAAGAAGCUGUGCAUAUCCUUCUCACAAUUGCAAGACAUUUGCCAUUCCUUUUCAAGAAGGAUGCGCAGGAUGAAGCACUCCCUGUCUUGUAUGAACCAUUACGAAUUGUCAUUGGAGGGUUAUCCUUUUCGGAAAUGAUCACAGUCCUUCAGGAAUUUGCCUCUCCACUGCCUGAUUCUGCAGACCUCAUGCUCACUUUGGCUCUUCACAAUAAGUUUGGGAUCUCAUUUUUGUAUGCCUUGCUGAGUCAUGGGGAGCGCCUUCUUUCAUCAGAUAUUCCAAUGGAGCCCUGCAUUGGAGAUUUUGAAAAAUGGACAGACAUCAUAUUCCUCGUUGCUAAAGAACUUUCACAGCUUUCUAAGGAUUGCAUGGUAGAACCACUGUGCCUUCCCAGCAACCUGCUGUCCCUCUUCUGUCGUUAUCUGGACAAGCAGACUGUCCAUAAAUUGGAAGACAAAAUGGAGUAA